AUGACAUCCACUCGUUGUGCAGCUUGCAAGUAUUUGAGAAGAAGAUGCCCUUCAGAUUGCAUUUUCUCUCCAUAUUUUCCUUCCAACGAUCCUCAAAGAUUUGCUUGUGUUCAUAAUUACUAUGGAGCUAGCAAUAUCGCAAAAAUGAUCAAGCGGGUCCCGGUUGAUCUACGAGGUGAAGUAGCAGAUUCGUUGCACUACGAGGCACAAUGUCGUGUUCGAGAUCCAGUUUAUGGUUGCGUAGGAAUCAUCUAUUCGUUGCAAAUCCAACUAGCAAAAGCAGAAGCAGAGGUGGCUCUCCUCCGUGCUCAUCAACCACCUGUAUACCACCACCAAGUAGAUGAUGAUCAAAUUAUUCAACCUGCUCCAACCUUCAAUUGCAACUUCUUCCCCCAAGAAAAUGGUGUUGGACACUCUCAGCAUGACACUAAUUCCCAUCUUUGGUUUCCAUAA